AUGCUGUCGGGUGUCUUUUUGACUAUCCAACCACAAAAUGUUAAUUCUAGUUCAAAUUUGAUCAUUACUGGUUCAAAAGACUUUACAAUAAAAGUUUGGCGAUUACCAAAUCUUGAGGUUGACCCAUCAUACAUACCUUCAUCGCAAUCAGAAUUUGAUAAUAAUAUUCUAGUUACCCCUGCUUCUCACUAUAGUCUUCGUGUAUGGAACCCUGAUAAUGGAACAUGA